UAGUUGACACCAUCAUAGAUAACUAGUUAGGGAUUUAUUAGAUCGAAACUUUAAUUUCUUCGAGUUUUGACCUUCAUUUAGACCUUGACAUUACGUUUUAAAUUUCAAUGGAAUUUAAUAAUUAUUCAAUUUUUUUUCAUUAAGUAUUAUUAACAACGAUUGAACGUAGAAAAAGCUUGUGUGAUGGCCUUAAGUUCCAUAAUCGCAUCGCGAGGGGAUUUGUGAUAUUGUUUCUUGUGAAAUUACGAACUUUCACAAACAUUUCGUACAAUGGCAUCUGCUAAGAAAAAGCAAGACGAGAAAAACUUGAAGAUAUUACGUGAACUGGUUUCUCUUCCCGGAAACAAAGAAUGUUUCGACUGCCAUCAACGAGGACCGACUUACGUCAACAUGACAAUCGGUUCGUUCGUUUGUACAUCUUGCUCUGGUAUGCUACGGGGUUUAACACCACCACAUAGGGUAAAAUCAAUUACCAUGGCAACAUUUACCCAAGAGGAAAUAGAUUUUAUAAAAGAACGUGGUAAUGAAUAUUGUGCAAGGACAUGGUUGGGUUUAAUGAACCCAAAUUCACCAUUAAAUUCAGAUAUUAAAGACGAACAAAAAAUGAAAGAUUUGAUGAAUGCUAAAUAUGAAUUAAAGAGGUAUUAUUUAGAUCCAUCUUUAGCAAAUCAAAAUUCAACUCAACAAUCGCAGUCUGUUAAACAAACAAGCAUUCCACGCGUUCCUCUUUCUGGAACAUCUACCACAUUGCCUGUAACAGCACAGAAAAUAAAAAAUUCGCAAGUUAUUAGUACGAAUAAUUUUACGUCAGACUUUGUAGCUGAUUUUAGUAAUGUUCCUGAACCUUUUCAUACCGCAGUGCCUGUUAAUAGGCUGAAUCAAUCUGUUACACCUCAGCCAUUUUUUGCUAAUUUUGACAAUAAUCCUGUCUUCAAUACUCCUAAAAACACCGAUACGUCAACUACACUUAAUAUGAGUGGAGGAAAUUUGUUGACAACAAAUAUGAAUGGAACUAAAGUGCCUCCAUCAGAAGAUCGUUAUGCGGCACUCAAAGACUUAGAUUUUUUGAUGAAACAAUCGCAACAGAAAGAAGAAACAACUAAAGUAUUAACGUCGGCAUGGAAUUCUAAUAAUUUCAAUACAACAAAUUCUAUAUGGAAUGCAGAUAAUCAAACAACGCAUGUAAUUUCAAAUCCAUUUACAAGUACUGAUGUGUGGCGACCAUCUGCUAAUGUAAUAAAUAAUAAUAAUAGUAAUAAUAAUAAUAAUAAUAUGCAGCCAGAAAGCUCUCUGUGUAAUCCUAUUAAUCCAUUCAAACAAGUGCAAUUUCCUGUAAAUAAUGAUUCACAAUGGAUGGGCGUAGAUUCAGCUAAUAACAGGGAUACUGUUCAAUUUAGUCAGUUAACAACACCAUUAACAAAUAAAGUUUGGCAACCAACUGUUUCAGCAUAUCACGCGAAUCCGUUUAUGGUGGGCACAGGUGUAAGCAAUAUGACAAGGAAUUCUAAAAAUCCUUUCUUAUGAUUAUGCGACUACUAAUUUUUAUUAGAGCUACGAACAAAUAAUGAAAAGUACUAAAAUAUUAAAAAAAAAAAAAA